AAGCUUGUUAAAAGCUUUCACUGUUUACAAUAGCCGAUGUGCAUUGGGGUGCAUUAGGCUAUUUAGUUGAUCAAUACACACAGAGUUCUUGCUAUAUAGUACAUUCUUGUACCAAGUGCUUAGUAUAUCUUUCAACUUACGUGCUUGCUAAGCAAUUAAUGUAUGAAGCUAUACUGUACAUUGUAUAUAAUUAUUGUGGGUGGUGGUUGUUUAUGUGUUUCAUUGUUUAUAUUUAAAACUUGUCCCAAUAAAUUAUUGUCAUAGCGAUUAUGUGUUAUUGAUAAUAGACUACUUUCUAUACAGUAAACAUGUGUAAAUCCUUUAAUGCAGUAACAUAACUUCUAGCAAGCAAUAUGUGUUCUAUUUGUGACUUUUUACGUACUAAUGUUGAACACAAUUUUCGUUAGAAUUUGAAUUGUUUUCUUGUGAUUUGUGGUAUUGAAUUCAGCACCGUUAUCCAGGUGGUUAUAAUUAUAGCUGAUGCAAAAGUAGGGUGUUUAGGUUCUUUGUUUUGCCUAUGGUGGUUUGGUCAUGGAGGAUAACUAUAUAAACGAAUUACUAUUUAAUGUCCUCCGGCUGAAUUUAAAAUUUCUGGUGUUCAUUUUCUCCUUAAGGUUGUCGCACACCAUGAACAUAGAAUUGUGUGUUCUCAUACACACAACAAAAUCCAUUACAACAAAUAUUUUAUUUAUGGCAGUGUCUGCUUCUAGGCUUGCUGCAUAUAUACUCUCUAUCCUGCUCUCACCUUAAGGAUUCAUAAUCCGAGGCAGAAUUGCCUGAGCCCUGCCUCCCGGAUCUCCUUAACUACCUUAUUAAUUUUACUAACAACCACUUGUGAUGGAGUAUCUUUAUAUUUAACUGUUACCUGUACAUGGUAUAAUUAUGAUGUGAAAUUGAUGACAUUUUAUCUUACCUCGAUCUCUUCUUUGGAAGCUAAGGAAGCCAUUGUUAUUAUACUGAACUUAUGGCCAUGUGGAUAUUGCACGUGGCCUGGAAUGAGCAUGUUUUUGUUGGUUUAUGUGCGUGUGCAAUAGUUUUGUUCAGAGCUGAGUUCUUAUCAUUUUCAAACUGGGCACCAUUUUGUUCGCAAUGAUUUUACUUCCGGCCUGCUACUUUCCUUUUAUACCGCAGCCGAGGCUGCAUGAUCGCGAUUGCUUGCAAGCGAACGCGUACUGUUUAUAAACGCGACAUUCUUGUUUAAAUCUUUAGUGGGCGGGGACUCAAAUUCGGAAUCAUUCGAUGGUGCUUAAUCUCACAUUGAAAAUCUCACAAAGAUACACCCACCCAUUUAGAUCAAUUAUAGCACUCUUGAUAUUAAUUUGGAGUUGCAAAUAAAAAAUAACAACUUUCAAAAUAAUAAUAGGUAGGUUGCACCGGUUCUGCAAACCGUGACUUCAGAUAGAGCUUCAUUUAACGGCAUUGUAGCCAUUACCAAGCUAGAGGCUGCCUACAAUUUACAGUGUGCAAUGCGCAUAUCUGUUCUCAGGAGACUAUGAAACAUUUCUUUUUGAAUUGAAUAUUGCACUAGAAGGUAGGACUCGCCUACGUGCUGUAUAUAGAAAUACUUAAAAUAUAAUUGAUCACACCUGGUAAAUCAUUCGCUGCAUGUCUUUGGUCAUGGAGAAGUACAUUUAUACGUCUGGGAUAUGCCACAAUAGAGUAGAGAUAAGCACUCUCUUCAUUAUCUCUCCAUUGAUUCCAGCCUGAGCCAUAAGGAGCUGGCCUGGUAGUGGAUCUCACAAUAGUAGCAGCGUUUGAAUUGGAUACAUCAUCUACCGGUGCAUGUACUCUAUACCCUAUUAUAUAUCCAGCAGAAAAUUAAUAACCUAAAAGAUAUACAGUACUGUUUUUAGCUACUCUUAGAUGAUCUUCUUUUAUUCUUAGAUCAUCUAACUUCUUUGUCUCAUCUUGCACACUAUCCUGGACAUUCAGUUUAUCAAUCUUCUUGGAACGCAGUGCAGCUGUACUCUUGCUCGCGUAGCAUCCAUCAAGGCCUGGGAAAUCGAUAAUUAUAUGAGACGAUCCACAAAAACAGCGCUUGAAAAUGGCAAUGCUAUCUUAAGUUUAAUUUUCACGCAAUGGGUACAGUAGAGGCCAAAUUAAAGUUUAUGUUCUGUUUGCGUAGUCCUCUGCGUUUGUUUUAAUUCUGUUGCACACAAGCAAAAACAAUCGUUUUGGUGCAUAGCUUGCAGUACUGUGUGACCCCUAAUUGGAUUCGUAGUAAUUAAGGCAAUUGGUACAUGCUGUACAUGAGUGUAAAGCUAGUAGUUUCCAAACCCACCAUGCAACACUAGGCUUUGGGACAUCUGACUUUAAAAUCAACAAAUUAGAAAGAAAAAAUGGGUUGAGGAGAUCACUAAGUUGAGCUCAAUUGCAACCACCCACCCACAAGAAGCAUAUAUAUAUGCCGCCCUCACGUGAACACGUCUUAUCAGUAAAUGGACCUAUUUUAUGCGGAUAAUACCGAAUAUCAACAACUUUUACAGCAUCUGGAAGACGCCAUUAGACUUCGACUCAUUCCAGGCAAACCAGCAAUUAUUGACAUUUUUUAGUUCCACACUGUUCGACGAAGGCAAAAAAAUUGUCAGUGUCGAUGCCAAUUUCUAAUUAACGCACAUGGCAUAAUAAUUAUGUUGUACACGGCAUGUUAUAAGUACAAAAUGGUCCCCAAAAAUUCUAUAAACACUACAAGUUUAUAAUUAUAACUAGAGCACUAAAGUGCAAACCCUCAGAAGAGUGAUAAUGCAGUGCAUGUAGCAUGUAUGACUAGCACAGCAACUCAAACUAAACCAAACUGGAGGGGAAGCAUGCUGGUGGUACAUGUCACAUGAGAAAUGCACUGUGGACUGGGAUCACAGCAAAGAAGCCUGGAGUCUUAGACUUAGAGAGGUAUGGCUCCUGCCAGGCCGAAGUAUAGGAUCCAGAGCCAGCCAACAACCAGUCACAAUUUAUCUUUCAUUGUUCCUGGUACGGGAUCACUUCAGCUGCAAAUACGUAGUCAGCAGAAGCUACUAGCUUUCUACUUUAGUGACCCUGUUCCAUUGUUCCUGGUGCAGGAUCACUCACUUUAGCUGUAAAUAACCCCGUUCAAGCUACAUUUUGCUCGCUUUUAUUAGACAACAAAGCUUUAACACCGAAAGCUGCCACUAUUAACUUGUUGUGUGGAGGCUACCCAUGCUGUAAACGCAGUGCUAGAACAUCCAGGUAAGCAGACCCAGUCACAAGCUUGUUCAAGCUUCUUAGCUUUUGCUCGACAAAGAAGCUUUAGCAUCAAAAUCUUCCACUAUUUAAACCAAGAUAUUGUUGUGUGAAGGCUAUCCAUGCUGUAAAAGCAGUGCUGUGGCAUCCAGUGUCUUAAUGCUAACUUGAAACUCAUGACUCUGCCCGAAACAUUGUUUCCAGUUCAUCAAACAAAUUAUCCUCUUCAGUUUCUGAAACUAAUGCUCGAUUUUGAUUUGAAAAUGGAAUCAGCACGGCCUGUGUCAAGAUCCUACAAUUGAGAAUGACAUGAACGACUCUACAGUAGAUUCAUAUAACAUCGAGUUGUCCUCCGUUCCAGAGCUGUCUGCUGUCGAUGUUGCCGGCGAGUCUGAGGUGGUACUGCCGCCGUCAUCCUCAGACUCUUGUUGAGUCGUGUUAUCACUGCCUGUAGUGUCGUCUGGGUGAGUGUGCUCCCAAAGGCGUUGUGCCCGCAUCCGUUUAGAUCCCGCAUGGGAAAGAUGGUACCGGUCCAAGUGGAGGUCGAGGACAGAACUCGGGAGGGCCCUCAUGGCCUGGGCAGUAGUGGGUAGAGGAAUUGACGUACUCAGAAAGACGCUAUUAACAGCUACGUGAAUGACUACCACACGGUAGGGUCCCCUGCUGCGCAUGCGCAGCCACGCCUACAUUAAUCCCAAGAGUACUUGCCCCUGGCUACCAUUAACCAUUGUUUGUCCUCACACACAAAACCCACUAUUUAAACUGCUGACUAAUUAUUGUAAAUCCUAUUUAUUUACUACCCCAAUACAGAUAUACCAAUCGCACACACCUUGCAUCUGCCUUGAUAUCAAAGUUAGUUGAGAUCAUAGCAGAUGAAAAUGGCUUUGCCACACCACUUUUGACAUUCCCCGACAUCAAUAAGUCGUCAAUGACAAAGGGUGUCGAAGAGAUUGACGAUCUCUAAAGCACUAAGGCUUGUGUUCAAACCUAUAUCCCAGUUAGAAGCACUGGUAAAUAAAUAUAGAGUACAGACUGUUAUCAUUAGUGAUCUUACUCACCAACAACUGCAACAGCUUUCAUAGGCAUUGAUUUCCCUAUCUCUGGUUCUCCCUGUGGCGACCACAACUGGGCACACCAAAAACGCCUGGCUAUGAAGUGCCACAUCGUUCCUUCGAGAACCCUCUUGUAAAGGAUUAUGUUGCUACCAACACUAUACGUUUGCUAAAAACUGUCUGUCAACAUGGUUUUCAUCCUUUCCAUCUAUAUCUCCUUCCUAGAUAGAUUGCCGACAAACAGUUGUAAUGAAGUCAUGAUAGCUAUGACGUGUGUAGACUAAAUUUUUAAGGUAUUACUGUCAAACGUCAUUGACUUGAACUUUCAAGCCUAUAUUUUAAUUCCACAUACAGCAGAUAUAAUUAUACCUUUCUUUGCAGACCCUUUUGGGCUCGACGGUAGGGUGUCCUCCAGAUAAUUAUCCGACUGAUCAUGGUUGGACUGUACAAUUGACACACAGUUGGGGAAUCAAUAAAAAAAAAAUGUCCUCCCCCCGUGAACUGACAAAGGUUAUGUGGACUUUUCAAUCCAAAGCGUAGUUCUUAAGGAACAGCUAUAUAUUUGUCACAGCUAGUGUGUUUUUAUGACCGUCAACUUCAAGUGUCCUAAAAAGUUCUGGUAGUCGCAUGAAUAUGUGGCACAUCUUGUAUUUCUAGUGACACAUUUGAUGUAUAUUGGUGAAUGCUUAUUAUUUUUAUCUUGAAUAUCUUUAAUACAUUAUGAAUAGAAAGGCAGAGACAGUUUUCUUUUUAACAUUACCGAUAAUUCCAAAAUACCUUGUACUGUUUUAGACACUCAAGUUUAUUCUUGGACCGACAAUUUUUUUGAUCAAAUGCUAUGAAAAAUAUUGGUAUCAAUAAUGACUAAGUGAUCAGGUCAUUUAAUAGACAGUCUUCUAAUUAAUAUUACUGGUAGUUCAAGUUUAUUCUUGGACCAAUUAAGUACGAGUUCACAGGCUAUGAAAAAUACUGCAAUUAAUAACUGAUUAAUGAAGUGAUCAGGUCAUUUGAUAAGGUUCAAUGAAAUUGAAAGACAGAGACAGUCUUCUUUUUAACGUUACCUGUAGUUCCACUAGAAAUUUAUUUAUUAAUUACUAGAUUCAGCAAAUUGCAUUUAUUAAGCAACAGCUGUUUGUAAAUCAUCAAGGCAUUUUCGCUUAUGGUGACAUGUAAUGACUACUUAAUUCCUCGUAUGUUGCAUCAAAUUAGGCACAAAGAAUAUUAUGCCCGAGGGGAGUGAAGAAUGUAAUUCGUCCAACCUUGGGCUGCAGUUUUGCCAGAGGAUCCAACUCCGAAUGGGUAUCUUUGACUUCUCAAAGAAACUGCCUGCCUUUACGUCUUGCUGAUCUUACAUGCCUUGCACCACUACUUAUACUUAUAACCAUCCUUAACAUCUCUCCUCAGUCUUUCUUCCAUGUCAUCACCACAACUAUUGUGUUGUAAUGAUGUUUUCAAGAGUUAUACUGUCUUACCGAGCACGAUCCAUGUAAGUAAACCAAGAUACAUAAUAUUUGUACCAACAUCAAUGAGAGACAGACUAGCAAGUUCUCAGGUGGGGCCAAACCCGAUUUUUUUAGUGGUGAGAAAUUUACUUGUGGCCCACGCAGUACCUGUGAAAAAAAUGGGCGUGUCACGGUGUGACUUUUAGCCACACCCCAUUUGUCUCUAGUAAACCCGGGUUACAUGAGACUGAUCAAUUAACACCAGAAAUCUAACACAAAACUAUUACGUUAAAAUUACAUGUGACGUGGUAGUAAUUCAUUUGACCACUUUGUCUCAAUUUGUCUGUUAUUUCUUCUAUCAUCUAUUGUGUGUACACAGUUGUAUUUAUAUCUUCUAGCUGGAAAGACUGGUAAUUAGAUUGUUUGUGAGAAUACAGCUGAUUCAGAUGGGAAAGUGCAAGUGUAAAUACAGACUGAGAUGGUUCCAUUCCAAAGGAGCCUUUCUUGUUCUAUUUUGGACAGUUCUACUCAGUUUUGUGAGUUCGUCUGUCUUCCUAAUGGGGAUUGAAAUAGUAUCGUCUAAAAUUCUCGGUAGAAUUAGAAUUUCUAUUUGGUUUGCUGUGAUUCCAGUACUAACACUUUUGAUUUCAGUACCCUUGUCAGGAUGGUUAUCGAAUGCAAAACUCGGCAACUACAGAGUGUUUAGUAUUGGGUGUGUGUUAUUGUUUGUUUCAACUGUAAUCCUUUGCUUGGUUUUGGUUAUGGAGGAACUAAACAUACACAGUGAUGUUCUUUUAUGGGUUCAUUUUACUGUGGGAGUUAUGUUUUGGAUCUUAGGAUUUUGCAUGUGCAUUGUAACCGCUCUUCAACUUGGUCUAGAUCAGAUGCCAGAUGCUUCUUCUUCGAACAUUUCCUCUUGUAUUGCCUGGUUUGUAUGUGCCUUAUCGGCUGGAAUUUUCCUUAGCUAUUUCUUGUCAUUUUUGUGCAUUGCCAACUGUUUGAGAUGUGAUAAUUCUCCCGUAGUUGCCUUGAUUUUACCGCUUUGUAUGACUGUUAUUCUUGUGCUUCAAUUUCUUCGUCCAAAAUGGCUGAUAAUCGAGCCCAAGUCACCUCAGUCUCUCAAAACUAUCUACAAAGUUCUCAAGUUUGCUAAGCAACACAAAUUUCCCCUCAACCGCAGUGCGCUCACAUACUGGGAGGAAGACAUACCCUCUAGAAUAGACCUGGGGAAGUCAAGGUAUGGCGGACCGUUCACUACAGAGCAAGUUGAAGAUGUUAAAACAGUAUUGCGUUUAAUUGUUGUAAUGCUUUCCUUUUUAAUAGUAUCUUUCCCUAUGCUAUUACGUCCUAAUAUUUUUAGCGAGAUUCAUUACCAAAUUGCUGGUUUUAAUGAAUGCAGUACUAACAUGAUCUUUUUAUUUACAUACAGCUCUCCUUUGUUUAUGGUACUCGGAACAAUUUUGUGUGAAUGUGUCAUCUACCCACUAGCUGGGAAUAGGUCUCCUAGUCUUCUCAGGAAAGUUGGGUUCACAUCAUCUGUGGUAGUUGCAUUGAGCUUUUCAUGUCUGAUUAUUAAGUUGGUACAGCACGUUUUAAUGGACUAUUCUGAUGGAGCUGUCAGUGAGUGGAUAGCACGUGUGCUUUACUAUGCAAUGUCUGGUCUCUUGUCCCAGGUUUUAUUUACUUCAGUACUUGAGUUUUUCUGUGCUCAGUCUCCCUAUCAUAUGAGGGGACUUGUCCUUUCUUUUGCAUUAUCGUUUACGAUAAUCAGUAGCUUGAUUGGCUAUUGGCUUGGAUUUUUUCUGGAGUAUCAAGUGUGUAAAGAUCAAAGCUCUUGGUGCUCUGUUGUGCCAUUUGCAGUGAAAACUGUGAUUAGUUUGAUUUCACUAGUAUUGUUUUGUGUCGUGUCUCGCUGGUACAAGAUGAGAGUGAGAGAUGAUGGAUUUACUCAGCAGAAAAUUGUGGAAGAGGUCUAUGAUCGAUACCUCACCGCUGAAGCAGCAAGAUCAAGCACUCUAAUAAUGCCGAAUUGUUAACUUGUUGUUAGCAAUAUCGGAGUACCUGAUUUAGUGUUAGAAAUAUUUUUUAUUGACUGUAUGGUCUUGUGCCUGGUCAUACUGACUAAAUCAGUACUCUCCACUUUUUUGUUUUGAUCUUGUGUAGACUGCAAUUUCAAUGUAAUAGUCAAUGCAUGUCCCAUAGUUACGUAUAAUAAUUAUAACAUAUUAUUUUAGUCAUAGUUACAUGGGUUUUCUGUUCAAAUGGCCCAUGCACUUGCCAAAUUUACGUGUAUAGUCAUACUAGGUAGUACGUUAAAGUUUUUAUAGUCCUUGUGUUGAGUGCUUUUAUUAUAAAACAAUUUUUACAUCUUCAUGUUAAUUAGUGUUGAUAGGUAGUAUCAAUGAGCCUGGAUUGUUUGGGCUUGCCUUGCGGCAUGCAUGGAUCAUUUUGGGUGGAGAACUACGAUUUUUUUUUACAAAAUCAACGAAACUUGUUAUACCUGUUGUUAUUAAUUUGACCACUUUGUCUGUUAUUUUUUCUAUCAGCUACUGUGUGUAUAACAUUUAGAAUGCCUUUAUUGGUAUUCACACAAUAAUUAUGAGUUCUAGCGUGCAUGCAAGCUAAUUAGAUUGUUUGUGAAAAUACGGCUGAUUCAGAUGGGAAAGUGCAAGUGUAAAUACAGACUGAGAUGGUUCCAUUCCAAAGGAGCCUUUCUUGUUCUAUUUUGGACAGUUCUACUCUGUUUUGUGAGUUCGUCUGUCUACCUAAUGUGGGUUGAAAUACUGUCUACAAUUCUCAGUAGAAUUUCGAAUUGGCUUCUUGUGAUUCCAGUACUAGCAAUUUUGAUUUCAGUACCCUUGUCAGGAUGGUUAGCAAAUUCCAAACUCGGCAACUACAGAGUGUUUAGUAUUGGGUGCAUGUUGUUGUUUGUUUCAACUGUAAUCCUUUGCUUAUUUUUGGUCAUGAAGGAACUAAACAUAGAUCACGGUGAUUUUGUGUUAUGCGUUCAAUUUACUGUGAUGGUUACCUUUGGGAUGUUAGGAAGUUGUAUGAGCUUUAUGACUUCCCUUCAACUUGGUCUAGAUCAGAUGCCAGAUGCUUCUUCCUCGAGUAUUUCAUCUUACAUUGCCUGGUUUGUAUGUGCCUUAUCGGCUGGAAUUUUUUUUAGCAUUUUCUUAUCAUUAAUGGUCGGCUGUUUGAGUUGUGAAAAUUCUCCCAUAGUUGCCUUGAUUUUAUCGCUUUGUAUGACUGUUGUUCUUGUGCUUCAAUUUGUUCGUCCAAAAUGGCUGAUAAUCGAGCCCAAGUCACCUCAGUCUCUCAAAACUAUCUACCAAGUUCUCAAGUUUGCUAAGCAACACAAAUUUCCCCUCAAUCGCAGUGCGCUCACAUACUGGGAGGAAGAUAUACCCUCUAGAAUAGACCUGGGGAAGUCAAGGUAUGGCGGACCAUUCACUACAGAGCAAGUUGAAGAUGUUAAAACAGUAUUGCGUUUAAUUGUUGUAAUGCUUUCCUUUUUAAUAGUAUCUUUCCCUAUGCUAUUACGUCCUAAUAUUUUUAGCGAGAUUCAUUACCAAAUUGCUGGUUUCAAUGAAUGCAGUACUAACAUGAUCUUUUUAUUUACAUACAGCUCUCAUUUGUUUAUGGUUCUCGGAACAAUUUUGUGUGAAUGUGUCAUCUACCCACUAGCUGAGAAUAGGUCUCCUAGUCUUCUCAGGAAAGUUGGGUUCACAUCAUCUGUGGUAGUUGCAUUGAGCUUUUCAUGUCUGAUUAUUAAGUUGGUACAGCACGUUUUAAUGGACUAUUCUGAUGGAGCUGUCAGUGAGUGGAUAGCACGUGUGCUUUACUAUGCAAUGUCUGGUCUCUUGUCCCAGGUUUUAUUUACUUCAGUACUUGAGUUUUUCUGUGCUCAGUCUCCCUAUCAUAUGAGGGGACUUGUCCUUUCUUUUGCAUUAUCGUUUGCGAUAAUCAUUAGCUUGAUUGGCUAUUGGCUUGGAUUUUUUCUGGAGUAUCAAGUGUGUAAAGAUCAAAGCUCUUGGUGCUCUGUUGUGCCAUUUGCAGUGAAAACUGUGAUUAGUUUGAUUGCGCUAGUAUUGUUUUGUGUCGUGUCUCGCUGGUACAAGAUGAGAGUGAGAGAUGAUGGAUUUGCUCAGCAGAAAAUUGUGGAAGAGGUCUAUGAUCGAUACCUCACCGCUGAAGCGUCAAGAUCAAACACUCUAAUGCCGCAUUCUUAACUUGUUGUUAGCAAUAGAUUUCAGUGUUAGAAAUAAUUUUUAUGACUGUAUUGUCAAAUGUCAUUUGUGCCUGGUCGCAUACUGACUGAAUCAGUACUCUCCACUUUUUUUCGUUUUGAUCUUGUGUAGACUGCAAUUUCCGUUAUAGUCAAUGCAUGUCCAUAGUUACGUAUAAUAUAACAGUCGUGGGUUUUCUGUUCAAAUGGCUCAUGCACUCGCCAAAUUUACAGUAUUUUUGAGUAGUCAUACUAGGUAGUACGUUAAAGUUUUUAUUGUCCUUGUGUUGAGUGCUUAUAUAAAACAAUUUUUACAUCUUCAGUGUUGAUCAAUGAGCCUGAAUUGUUUGGGCUUGCCUGGCGGCAUGCAUGGAUCAUUUUGGGUGGAGAACUACGAUUUUUUUUUUACAAAAUCAACGAAACUUGUUAUACCAGUUGUUAUUCAUUUGACCACUUUGUCUGUUAUUUUUUCUAUCAGCUACUGUGUGUAUAAACAUUCAAAAUGCCUUUAUUGGUAUUCACACAAUAAUUAUGAGUUCUAGCGUGCAUGCAAGCUAAUUAGAUUGUUUGUGAGAAUACGGCUGAUUCAGAUGGGAAAGUGCAAGUGUAAAUAUAGACUGAGAUGGUUCCAUUCCAAAGGAGCCUUUCUUGUUCUAUUUUGGACAGUUCUACUCUGUUUUGUGAGUUUUUCUGUCUACCUAAUGUGCGUUGAAAUACUGUCUACAAUUCUCAGUAGAAUUUCGAAUUGGCUUCUUGUGAUUCCAGUACUAGCGAUUUUGAUUUCAGUACCCUUGUCAGGAUGGUUAGCAAAUGCCAAACUCGGCAACUACAGAGUGUUUAGUAUUGGGUGUAUGUUAUUGUUUGUUUCAACUGUAAUCCUUUGCUUAUUUUUGGUCAUGAAGGAACUAAACAUAGAUCACGGUGAUUUUGUGUUAUGCGUUCAAUUUACUGUGAUGGUUACCUUUGGGAUGUUAGGAAGUUGUAUGAGCUUUAUGACUUCCCUUCAACUUGGUCUAGAUCAGAUGCCAGAUGCUUCUUCCUCGAGUAUUUCAUCUUACAUUGCCUGGUUUGUAUGUGCCUCAUCGGCUGGAUUUUUUUUUAGCUUUUUCUUAUCAUUAAUGGUCGGCUGUUUGAGUUGUGAAAAUUCUCCCAUAGUUGCCUUGAUUUUAUCGCUUUGUAUGACUGUUGUUCUUGUGCUUCAAUUUGUUCGUCCAAAAUGGCUGAUAAUCGAGCCCAAGUCACCUCAGUCUCUCAAAACUAUCUACCAAGUUCUUAAGUUUGCUAAGCAACACAAAUUUCCCCUCAAUCGCAGUGCGCUCACAUACUGGGAGGAAGAUAUACCCUCUAGAAUAGACCUGGGGAAGUCAAGGUACGGCGGACCAUUCACUACAGAGCAAGUUGAAGAUGUUAAAACAGUAUUGCGUUUAAUUGUUGUAAUGCUUUCCUUUUUAAUAGUAUCUUUCCCUAUGCUAUUACGUCCUAAUAUUUUUAGCGAGAUUCAUUACCAAAUUGCUGGUUUUAAUGAAUGCAGUACUAGCAUGAUCUUUUUAUUUACAUACAGCUCUCCUUUGUUUAUGGUACUCGGAACAAUUUUGUGUGAAUGUGUCAUCUACCCACUAGCUGGGAAUAGGUCUCCUAGUCUUCUCAGGAAAGUUGGGUUCACAUCAUCUGUGGUAGUUGCAUUGAGUUUUUCAUGUCUGAUUAUUAAGUUGGUACAGCACGUUUUAAUGGACUAUUCUGAUGGAGCUGUCAGUGAGUGGAUAGCACGUGUGCUUUACUGUGUAACAUCUGGUCUUUUAUACCAGGUUUUAUUUACUUCAGUACUUGAGUUUUUUUGUGCUCAGUCUCCCUAUCACAUGAGAGGACUUGUCCUUUCUUUUGCAUUCUUAUUUAUAAUUAUUACUGGCGGGAUUGGUUAUUGGUUUGGAUAUUUUCUGGAGUAUCAACUGUGUAAGAAUUCUCGCUCUUGGUGCUCUGUUGUGCCAUUUGCAGUGAAAACUGUGAUUAGUUUGAUUUCACUAGUAUUGUUUUGUGUCAUGUCUCGCUGGUACAAGAUGAGAGUGAGAGAUGAUGGAUUUGCUCAGCAGAGGAUCGUGGAGGAGGUCUAUGAUCGAUACCUCACCGCUGAAGCAGCAAGACUUGUUGUUAGCAAUACCAGAGUACCUUAGUCUGAUAGAUUUAGUAUUAUCCACUUUUAACUUGUGUAUAGACUUCAAUUUCAAUAUGAUAGUUAUCAUUAUUUUAAUGGCUCAUUUGCCAAAUUUACCCGUUAUACAGUAAUUUUUGCGAAUAAUAACUAUUUUUAUUGCUGA